AUGGCCAGCAAGGAUGGUGGGCAGCCAUUUGCCCCGGUCCUGGCGGCCGUUGCGACCAUGCAAGGGAAUGUGUCUAGGGCCGAGAAGGCCCAGGCCCAUGAAUUCCUUGAGAAGUUCCAGAAAUCGGUCGAAGCCUGGACGACUACGCACGCUCUUCUACAAUCUGCCGACGUGCCCGUGGAAGCUAAAUUGUUUGCGGCGACUACAUUGAAGGGAAAGAUCAUUUUCGAUUUGGACCAACUGCCCUCAGACUCCAUAGUGGCGCUGCGCGAUUCCGUUCUCAAUCUGCUCGUUGCAUUUGCCUCCGGUCCGCGACCCAUACAGACUCAGCUAUGCGUGUGCUUGGCAAGUUUGGCGAUCCAAAUGGUGUCUUGGAAGGAUGUUUUGGCCACGGUGGGGUCGGUCUUGGGCAGCAGUGCGGGGGACUGUGUACUCGAAUUUUUGAAGAUCCUGCCAGAGGAAGUGACAGAGGGUCGCAAGAUCAACCUCAGCGAGGACGAGCUGAGCGCACGAACCCGAGAGCUGUUGGAGGAUAAUGCGGAGCAGGUGAUGCAGCUGAUGAUUCAAUAUGCUCAAUCGUCGCCUUCUGCCGCCACCAACCCCCGUCUUCUUGAUUGCAUUACCUCAUGGCUUCGUGAAAUCCCCGCUGCUCAGGUCAUCAAUUCGCCUUUGAUGGACGUAAUUCUCAAGGCGUUGGACAACGAUGUAUCAUUUGAUGCCGGUGUUGACUGCAUGUGCACGCUCUACCGUGACACUAAGGACGUCCACGAGUCCCUCCCCAUUAUCCAAGCCCUCUACCCUCGCCUGAUGGCUCUUCGACCUAAAAUUGCCGAAACAGCAGAAGCCGAAGAUCUGGAAGCGUUUAAAGGUAUUACAAGAAUGUUUGCCGAAGCCGGCGAAGCAUGGGUGGUGCUCAUGGCACGCGUGCCCGGUGAAUUCCGAGGUCUGGUGGAGGCCGUUCUCGAGUGCUGUGCGCGGGACUGGGAACGUGAGGCCGUGUCAAUCACCUUCAUUUUUUGGUAUGAGUUGAAGCAGUGCAUCACAGUAGAACGACAUGCCGACGCGCGACUCAACUACCAAGACAUCUGGUCGCAGUUGAUGGACAUUAUGGUCAAGCAUCUUGAAUUCCCUACCCCUGAGGAAGGUGAGACUGAUCUGUUUGGCGGUGAUCGUGAGCAAGAAGAGAAGUUCCGCCAAUUCCGUCAUGCAAUGGGCGAUGUUCUCAAGGACUGCUGCUCCGUCAUUGGCGUGACUGAGUGCCUCGGUAAGAUUUAUCAAUUGAUCCAGCAAUGGGUGGGCAAAUACGCAUCACAGGCCAGUAACGAUCACGUCCCUCACUGGCAAGAGCUGGAGGCACCACUCUUUGGCCUUCGGGCCAUGGGUCGCAUGGUUGACCCGGUCGAAAAUACCGUGUUGGGUCAACUGGUCCCUUUGAUCGUGCAAAUUCCAGAGCAGGAGAAGGUCCGGUUCCAAGCAAUCAUGGCUCUGGCCCGCUACACGGAGUGGACGUCGAUGCACCCUGAGACUCUCGAGGCUCAGCUCAACUAUGUGAUCUCCGGCUUCCAGCACCCCUCUCCCGAAGUCGUCCAGGCGGCUGCCCUGGCGUUCAAGUUCCUGGGAACCGAUUGUCAGAAGCUGCUGGGCGGUCAUAUUGACCACCUCCAUUCCUUCUUCGAGUCGGUUCUCGAUAAACUGAAGCCUACUAGCCAGGAAGAAGUGACUGAGGGUGUUGCGGCCGUGGUGUCCGUGCAGCCGAUGGAGAAGAUUUACGAUUCAAUGAAGAUGUUCUGUGAUCCGAUCAUGCAACGGAUCAUGAACCUUGCCAACAACGCCCAGACUGAGGAGGGCCAGCGAGCAGUGGCCGAUCAUCUAGGACUGAUCUCCAUCUUCGUCCAGGUGGUGACUCCCAUCGUCGCCCCAGGUGAAGAGAACCCCGCAGUCAAGUACUGCGGCGAGAUCCUGCCUAUCAUGACUACGAUUGUUAUGAACUUUACGUCUUCUACCCCUAUUCUCGAGCGCGUGUGCCGUUGCUGGCGAAACAUGCUUAUCUCAUAUCGAACCGCUAUGAUUCCUCUGCUGCCUACCUUGGCCGAAAGCAUCGCCAAUGGCUUCCAAGCCUCCCGAGAGGGCGGCUUCCUGUGGGCUACUGACGCGGUGGUCCGCGAGUUCUCUCACGGCGCCGAAUAUGUCGAUGAGGCGACCAGCAAUGCCGUGUUCCAUUUCUACGAGCAGCAAGCCACUACUUUCCUGCGAAUUCUGAACGACCUGCCACCCGAGAACCUCCCCGAUGUCAUUGAGGAUUUCUUCCGGCUGUCCUCCGAUGCCGUCCGCUACUACCCCAAAAAGUGCAUCACUUCCCAGUUGGCCAUUCCUAUCUUCUCCGCGGCUCUUAGUGCCCUUACUCUCCAACAGGUCGAUCCUCUGAUCGCCACCCUCCAUUAUUACCGGGACCUGUUCAGCUUCGCUUUCGAAAAGCCUUUGGUCUCGGAAUUCACCAGUCCAGAUGAGGAGCCUUAUGUCAACCCGCCUGAGGUGCGCGAGGCUGUGAAGAACCUGAUUGCCUCCCAGGGUCAGCUUCUGACCCAACGCAUACUGGUCGGCAUGAUCUUCACUUUCCCUGGUGACUGCUUCCCAGAUGCGUCGGCGAUCCUGAUGACCCUGUUCGAGUUGCUCCCCCAUGAGACCGGCGCCUGGCUACAGACCACGCUACAGAUGCUGCCAGCCGGUUCAAUGAAGCCGGCCGAGGCUGAGCGACUUCUCAAGAACAUUGCCGAGAAAGUGCAGACUGGUGAAAUCCGGAAGAUUCGCGUUUUGCUUCAAGACUUCACCAACUCGUACCGCCGCCGCAAUGUCGCCCCCCGAGAUGGGCUGGGCCGCCUGGAGGCCACCCGAUUCCGGUUCAGCGGGUGA